CUUAUAUAAGAGCGACGACGCAGCGAUUCGAAUUAGUUCGCGAUAUUUUUCGAGCGGCUAACUUGAUCGGCGUGGAAUGUUACGCGACCAAAUAUAAACUCUUCGGUGUUUCUCCAUUUUAUAAUAUCGCGUAUUUUGAAACACGAUGGGGAAAAACAGGACUGAUUAUAUCAUUUUUAUCACUCACUUGGUACUAUUGUUUAACCUGGCGCUGAGUAAAAACGAGUAUACCAAGUUAUUCGACAAAUGCGUCAGAGAGAAGAACGCCUUCGACUGUUUAAAACGGAAAGCUUUGGACAUUCUGGAUUCAGCGAUCAACGAUAAUACCGUGUACGUGUUGAACGAUUACGUCUCCAUUGGAAGAGAUCCUGCAGCGAUUGCCAGGAGCGAUAGGUCGUUCAAGGAUGAAAAUGGGACGGAGCUUACUCUGGAUCAAAAGCUGGAUAACAAGUUCUACGAGUAUAUUACUUCUAGGAACGUGAAGCUUACUAUUCCUGGAGAUGCGUUUCAAGGUCGAAAGAAGAAGGACAAAGGAUACGGUGCUCUCAUGAUGGGUGCUCUAGCAGUGGGAGCUAUGAUGGCGCAGUUAGCUUACGCUAAAAUCGCGUUCCUCGCUGGCACUGCCUUGCUUACUGCUAAAAUAGCGUUAGUUUUGAGCGCAAUUAUUGGAUUGAAGAAACUGGUGUCCGGUCAAGGAGGCGGAGGUCACGAAGUGAUUUACGCCACAGGUGGCGAACAUCACGGUGGUGGUUAUGGCGGAGGAGGAUACGGGGGUGGCUGGCAAAGGUCCUCCGACGGUGUUUCUCCUACUUGAAUCGAUUAAACCCUGUAAAAUUUAAUUUAUUUCAUGUACGAUACUUUGUUUAGGAUAAGCUAGUAUAACGGAUAGAGAUGUUUCUCGUUUGUAUAUAAAAUAAAUCUUGACGUUGUCGAUAGUUGUAUCUGAGUGAUAUUAAUUGAAGAAAUUAUUAUGUGAAAUACGACUACGUAGUAUUUAUUAAGAGUUUAAGUGUACUUUUUAAUUUAGAUAUUAUUAAGCAACUCGCUAUUUGUUCAGAAUAGCUGGUGAAAUACUCUAUACCAAAAAUUAAUAGUAUUGUAUUUAUUUAAUUUAUCUUGUGUAUACGUCACCCAUAUAUUAUAUAAA